AUGCCCCCAGCUCUACCUCGCCCACUCUCAGUACAUGCGUUCUUAAGCGAAUACGCACGCCUCUGGCAGUUGGCGGACAACACUCAAGAUGCGCGUGAAAAGCUAUCCAUUCAAAUGAAGGCUAACAAGUAUAUGCUCACUGGGAUUCAUGUGGAUGAAAACUACCAGGCGAGCAUAGAGCCACUGAGAAAUGCAGUGACCGUGGACGAGCAAUUCACAAUCACCCGUGAUUACGACUCCUUGAUCGGUUUUGCUGAUGACAUUCCUCUUCGGAAUGGGAGCUUGCUUGUGUUCACUGUUCUGUCCAAGGAUCUAACACUGCAAGAAAACAUACACAUUCAUGUAUGGUUCCUCGUUGGUCCUGCUGUGGCUUCGGUGCCUCCUACUGCGUCUUUCCUAUGCAUGCCGCCUCUCCCGCUCAAUUGGCGACAGUGGCAGUCCAAGCAGCCUCACACAGUUCCGAAUAUCGGAUUCGCCAAGUUUGGAGAACAGCAUUCAAUAUGCAUCUUCUUCCCAGUACUCUGCGACGAUGCCCACACAGAAGCCGACAUCUAUUUGACUGUAGAAGAGCGACAGGAGCUAUACAAUGAUGUCGUAUACCCAGCUGCUAGGCUGCCGAUUCCUCAUAGCAGCGCCGAUUGGCCUGCUGGCUUUGCUGCGGAAACGUUUCGUGUUACAAAGGCUGGUGGUAACUUCAUGCAGUUGACAAAGUUGGUUGGCCAAUAUGACAUCCAUCCGUUCGUUGCUGCCCUAAAAGCCAGAAUGGAUCAAAAGGCGUGGAUGCGAGGUGCUCGCUUCAUGGUGCAAAAGCGUGGAACUAAGCUGGCCACGUAUCACCCACAGCAUGGUAUCGCUGCCAGGACCAAAUUGACUGAAUACCUCACAGACCUUGACACUAGUGUUGGAUCUUGGUGGGCAGAUGUGGGGCUGGAAGUCUCCUAUCAAAAUCGGGCCUACCAUUGGCAAACUGACAUGCAUUCUGCUAUUCUCUAG